GAGCAGAUAAGAAGUAAGAGCAGAGAACUGAAAAAUCCUCAACCGAUCAUAGCAUUACACGACUUCACACGGAUUUGCACGACUAUCUUCAUCUACCCUGAUUACUCAAACAAAAAGCUCAUGGAGAACAUGCCGCCUCCACCGUAUCCUGGACCACCUCUAGAGUCUACGGAUUAUGUACAGCAGAGGCCCGUCAUCCCCGAGCUAGCCCCUCAUCAACAAUGCAGCAGUCAAGAGGGUGGUCUCUAUAAUCACCAGCCGACUCCUGACCAUCAAAACCACAGGUCUUUGCCUGCAGAGAACAUGCCUGCUCCACCAUAUCCUGGACCACCUCUAGAGUCCACCUUCACACCUCAGCUACCUCUUUAUAUACAAUGCAGCAGUCAAGAGCAGAUUCCUGACCCUCAAAACCACAGGUCUUUGCCCUCAGAGAACAUGCCUGCUCCACCAUAUCCUGGACCACCUCUAGAUUCCACCGGCUUUGUAGAGCAGAGAUCCAUCACCCCCCAGUCACCUUCUCAAAGACAAUCCAGCAGUCAAGCGGGUGGUCCCUACAAUAACCAGCAGAAUCCUGACCCUCAUAACUACAGGUCUUUGUCCACAGAGAGCAUGCCUGGUCCACCAUAUCCUGGACCACCUCUAGAUUCCACUGUCUUUGUACAGCAGAGAUCCUUCACCCACCAGCCAGCUCCUCAAAGACAAUGCAGCUCUCAAGAGGGUGGUCCCUAUAAUCACCGGCAGACUCCUGACCCUCAAAACUACAGAUCUUUGCCCAUGGAAAGCAUGCCUGUUCCACCAUAUCCUGGAUUCUCACUCCCCCAGAGAUCUCCCAGCCCCCAGUCACCUCUUCGCCAACAAUACCCAGUUGCAGAGGAAAGUUAUACUCAUCAACACUCUCCUCAUCCUCAACAUCCCUGCCAAAAUUUUGAGUCACCUGGACCACAGAGAGUUGUAUAUAAGGAGCCCACCAGUCACCAGGCAGCUUCCUACCAACACUAUGAGGCUGAUGUCAAUCAAAAGGUGUAUGCACAUUCUAACCUUACUUGUUCUAAACAGACGAAUCGCAGUUUUGAAAAGAGCAUGACUUCUAUGCAAUAUGAACAAGCUCCGAAUAUCAAGCAGAAAAGCAGCAAGGAGGAGAUGGUGUAUGCUGUACAUGAAGCUGCACGUGAACACAACAUGAACAUGCAGGCUGAUCUCAGGCAAAAGGUGUAUGCCCAUUCUAACGUCACUGGUUCUAAACAGGCCAAUCUCAGUUUCGAGGGGAACAUGACUUCUACGCAGUAUAAACAGCCAAUGAAUAUUAAGCAGUGUGGCGGCAAGCAAGAGCUGGUGUACGCUGUACACGAAUCUCCAUGUGAACUUGACAUGACCAUGCAGUGUGCAGCAAGCAGUAGUGCGAUGGUCGCCACAGAGAGCCGAGCUUUCUCCAUGAACAAACUGCGUACAUCACUGGAGCAAAACUUCAGCGAGGCUAAGUACAGCGCACAGAAGAGUACCUUUGAAAUCGCCAAGCAGGCUACGGAGUACACGAAAGUCAGUGCACAAAAAGUCGCUCUGAGCCAGUAUUCGUCCAACACACAACUCGCACAAGCUCAAACAUCUGCAUCCAUGUACACUCAGAGUGCCUGGAAUGCAGUCCAGCCGGGGGUCCAAGUGGUCCAAGCCGGUGGGACUCAGGUGAUCCUCCCAGCCCAGAGGCAGCAGGUGGUGAUCCAGCCUGCGGUUUCUCGUACCAUCAUCCAGCCCGUUAAUCCACAGCCCACUGUAGUGAUCCAAAAUCCAUCUCCGACUUACAGAGUCAUCCAGCCGCAGGUUCUGCCCACCGUGAUCCAACCUGCACCCAGCACCGUGGUCUAUCGUUAUUACUGAAGGCGGGGAUCUUCAGGACAACAUGGAUGAACCUCCCAAACUCACCCCUACAAGAGCCCCAGCCCAGAAGGUUGUUUUGUGAUGAAAAAAUAAAAUGAUUUUAGUUUUAGUUUCAUUUGACCAUAAAACGAGAGCACUUUAUUUUAUAUCAUCAAAAUCAGCUUUUUUUGUGUCUUUCUUUGAAAAACUGUUCCAUCCCUUUUAUCUAUCUAUCUAUCUAUCUAUCUAUCUAUCUAUCUAUCUAUCUAUCUAUCUAUCUAUCUAUCUAUCUAUCUAUCUAAGAUAGAGAGAUCUAUCUAAGGUAAGAGUGUGUAAUAUGUAAAUGAGGUACUAGUGGGCGAUACCAAUGAUGACUAGUACAAUCUUGGAAGUGAGGUUUUUAUUAUUAACUUUUAGUAUAAAGGUGUUUAUUUUGUGGUUUUAUUAUGGUUUACAAAGUUUCAGACUGAGAUCUCUCUCUCACAUUGCUGACCUGACUUAAGCUGCUUAUAAACACUACAUUGUAAAUGUUAUACACGGUUUAUGAACGUAUUAUAGCACCUCUCAUAUGACAGCAAAGCUCUUAACGUCUUACAAACACUGACAUAUAGAGGUACAAGCAGGAUACACGGAGCAGGAGUUUUACAUGGAGUUCCUAAGGCAUGGUGAUAUUAUUCAUGAGCGGAUUUUACACGUAAUAGCUUUCUUUUUGUUGCGUAAUGCGUUAUAAAUGGUGUAAUAGUGUUAACACCUUAUAGCACUAAUAUUAAUGAAACAAGCUCAGUUUGCAACAGUGCAGAAUAAAACAGAAGAGAGAAUUUUGAAUAAAAACUGAAAAAAGGGCAGAAUUUGAGGAUAUAUAUAUAUAUAAAAUAAGAAUUGGAAUCUAAUUAUAAUAGGUUAUAAAUAGUUUAUAAACCCUCAUUCCAUCAAAAAUCCACAUUCUGAAAUGAAAUAUAAUAUGCUCUAUAUAGCUGAAUUUCUGUGUGCUGGUGAUUAUAAUGCGUUAUAAUGCACACUCUUUAGUCUUUAUUAAUUAAUUAACUAUAAACACAGCUAUUAACUCGAAUUCAUUUCCUAUACCUACUCAUUACAAUGUCAGUGCAUUUUAAACAUGCUUUGACUGAAUAAUUCAUUAAACAUCUACCAUUUUCACACAUACACUUCCUGUCAAACACUCAAGACUGAUGAGAUGAAAUCUAUGUAUAAAAAUCCUCAUUGUGUAUAACAGUCAUAUAAAAAAAAAAUUAUAAACACUCGAUUAAAUGA